AAAUUAAAAUGUAUGUAUAAGUAAAUAUUAAUAUUUGAAUAUAGGGUAUUUAAAAUAAUGAGAAACCUAAUUUUAAAAUUUCUCAAAGGAAAUACAUUAGCCUAGGUACUUUAUAUAUCCAAUAUAUUUUUUAUAUUACAUAAAAUUUUGAGAAAUCUUUAUGAGAUAUUUUCCUGUGGAAGAUGCUCUUAUAUGAUUAAACUAUGGACUUGGUGGUAUCUUUGGUCACUGACCAUGUAAUAAAUGUCAUUAUUAAUAGGAAAGGAAAACAUAUAUUUGAUUAAUAUUGUGAGACAAAGACUAGUAGUCAUUGACUGACAAAACACAGAGACUUUUCUACUUACGUGCAGCCCAAUCUUCUAGGUAUCUCUUUGGUUUUCUCCCCAAGAAAUUUGUGCACUUAGCACUAUAUGAGACAAGUUCCCAAAUAUUCUAAACUUUUAAUAAAGUGUUGGACUAACUUGUGGUGACUAUUGAAUAAUAAAGUCUACAAAAUAAUCGAUCUAAUAACUUUAUUUUUAAAGUAUAGUAUGAUACUUUAAAAUUUGGUCAAAAAAGUAUUAUACUUUUGUAAACUGUUUCACUUUUUUCUUUUGUCGAGUUACAUUAAAGAGGAUGAUAAUUCGUUUUACAUGAAAAUUGGGGAAAAAAUAUAUGUCAAAUGUUAAUUAUUCUGUAAAAAACUUACUUUUUUGUUCAUCUUAUUCUUCCCUUUUACAGAUCAAGAACUCUAGUUUGUACACAAUGAUUACCAUAUGUGUAAUGAUACCGAUUGGCGAUUGUUAGUACUGUGUUAUUAUCAGUGCGUCAGAAUUCUAACUAAAAACAUAUAUUUAAAUGCGACAUAAGAAGGCGAACCAAACAUAGUACAUGACAGAUGAAGAACAUUGAAGCUUGAAUCAUAAAAUUUACAACCACAUGAAGGACAACUUCAUUUACAAAAUAAGCAAAACGUACGUGUCACACAAAUAUAGCAAAGUAGUUGAAAAGUCAACAUAAUAGUUCUGUAAAAAAUGGCUCUAUCCCUCUAAGUGGAUUAUUAGGUAAAUCAUAAAGUAAUUAUCAGGUAAAUAGUAAUCAAUUAACAAAAUUUGUUUACUUCUUUAAGUUCCGUAUAUCAAUACUUUGGAAACAAAUCAUGUCACGUUAUUAAAAUAAGAAAAAAGAAUUUUUUUAACAAAAAAGAUAGAAAAUAAACAAAACAGAACAUCCUGUUUUAGGCAAACAAUUGCAACAAGAGUUGAUUAUUCAAACAUGUGAAUGACUUUAAAUACAAAUAAAAUGUGAAAGUUUAUAAUAAUAAAGAUCCGUGAAAAGCGAUGAAAUAAAAGAAAGAAGAACCCUUUUCGCCACCAAAGUGGCCGUAUCCUCUCCUCUCUAGUGGGGUUUGAGAAAGAGAGGAACGCUUUGUCUUCCUUUCUUCGUAGUUUCUUCUUGAGCGUGCUCUCCAAGCUUUACUGUCUACAUCAGCUCUUGUAUAAGUACUUACUCCUUCGUUGAAACCAAAUCAUUUGAAAACAGAGGAAAUAAACAGAGAGAGAGAGAGAGAAGAGCAAAGCUAUGGACUUUCUUAAUUCCACGAAGGCUAAUGGUAUGUUGACGUUGUUGGAGUUUAGGUCUCUUCUUCUGGAACCUAUUUUCGUUAGAUGCGUCUCUGGUUUGUUGCACGCGGUUUUGUUGCUGGUUCUGUUUUGUUCAUGGGUUAGGGGAAGAAACAAUGGGUUUGGUUCUGUUACGGAGAGGUUAAAAGAUAGAAGAGGGUUCGGGUUUAAGUCGGUUCUGUUUUGUAGUUUAGUUCUGUCUCUACUUAACCUCGUGUUGACGUCCUUGAGUGGUUUCUACUGGUACGAGAGUGAUUGGUUAGAUGAAGAGCAGCUAGUGUCUCUCCUCAUGUUUCUAUUACAAACGGUUUCUUGGGGAGGUUUGUCUGUUUCCUUGCAUCGCUGCAGCGAUUAUGAGAUGAGAAAGUCUCCACUUUUGCUUAGGAUCUGGUUAGCUUUCUAUCUCGCGGUUUCUAGCUACUCUCUUGUGGUGGUAGACAAGAGACAAGUUCAUCUUCUAGUGUACGACAUAGUUUCUUUCAGUAGCGCUUUGCUUCUCUGCUAUGUAGCUUUCUUCAAGAAAGCCAGAGGAGGCAACAACAACAACAACAGCAAUGGAGUUUUGGAAGAGCCUCUCUUGAAUGGAGCUUCAACCGUUGGUGGUGGUGGGGGGAGUGAUGAGGCUACUCCUUACUCUAGAGCUGGUCUUCUCAGUCUCUUGACUUUCUCUUGGAUGGGUCCAUUGAUAGAGAUCGGAAACAAGAAGCCCCUUGAUCUUGAAGACGUGCCUCAGCUUCAUGAUAGCGACAGUGUAGUUGGGUUAGCUCCUAAGUUCAGGACUAUGCUUGAAUCAUCAUCAUCAGAUGGUGGUGGUGGUGGUGGUGGUGUGACAACGUUCAAGCUCAUGAAAGCGUUGUUCUUUUCAGCUCAGUGGGAGAUUCUAGUGACUGCCUUCUUUGCUUUCAUCUACACGGUGGCGUCAUACGUUGGACCAGCGCUCAUCGACACGUUCGUCCAAUACCUCAACGGACGUAGACAGUACAACAACGAAGGCUAUGUGCUGGUCAUCACUUUCUUUCUCGCUAAGCUUGUGGAGUGUCUCUCGCAGAGACAUUGGUUCUUUAGGCUGCAGAAGGUUGGUAUCAGGAUGAGAUCUUCCUUGGUGGCGAUGAUAUACGAGAAGGGUCUGACUCUUUCAUGCCAUUCGAAGCAAGGACGCACAAGCGGUGAGAUUAUAAACUUCAUGACUGUGGAUGCUGAGAGGAUUGGUAAUUUUAGUUGGUACAUGCAUGAUCCAUGGAUGGUUUUGUUACAAGUCGGUCUAGCUCUUUGGAUAUUGUAUAGGAACCUUGGAUUAGCUUCGAUAGCAGCUUUGAUUGCUACCAUUCUAGUAAUGCUUGUGAACUUCCCUUUUGGGAGGAUGCAAGAGAGGUUUCAGGAGAAGCUAAUGGAAGCUAAGGACAACAGGAUGAAGUCAACAUCUGAGAUAUUGAGGAACAUGAGGAUACUCAAACUUCAAGGAUGGGAGAUGAAGUUUCUGUCAAAGAUAUUUGAUCUGCGGAAGUCUGAGGAAGGUUGGUUGAAGAAGUAUGUGUAUAACUCAGCUGUUAUAAGCUUUGUCUUCUGGGGAGCUCCUACUUUGGUCUCAGUGUCCACCUUUGGUGCUUGUAUACUUCUUGGGAUUCCACUUGAGUCUGGUAAGAUACUCUCAGCGCUUGCAACGUUCAGGAUCUUGCAAGAGCCAAUCUACAAUCUUCCAGACACUAUCUCCAUGGUUGUGCAGACCAAAGUCUCUCUUGAUAGGAUUGCGUCUUAUCUCUGCCUAGACAACUUGCAGCCUGAUGUUGUGGAGACGCUUCCUCAAGGAGGUUCAGACAUAGCUGUGGAAGUGAGCAACAGCACUUUAUCUUGGGAUGUUUCUUCUGAAAGCCCAACUCUAAAAGACAUCAGCUUCAAGGUCUUUCCUGGGAUGAAGGUUGCAGUUUGUGGUACUGUUGGCUCUGGGAAGUCAAGUUUGCUUUCAUCUAUACUUGGUGAAGUACCAAAGGUAUCUGGAAGUCUUAAGGUUUGUGGGACAAAGGCCUACGUGGCACAAUCUCCUUGGAUUCAGAGUGGUAAAAUUGAGGACAACAUCUUGUUUGGUAAGCCUAUGGAAAGAGAGAGGUAUGAGAAGGUGCUUGAAGCAUGCUCUUUGAGUAAGGACCUGGAGAUACUCUCAUUUGGUGAUCAGACUGUUAUAGGAGAGCGUGGGAUCAAUCUGAGUGGUGGACAGAAGCAAAGGAUACAGAUUGCACGUGCUCUAUACCAAGAUGCAGAUAUCUACCUGUUUGAUGAUCCUUUUAGUGCUGUGGAUGCUCACACAGGGUCACAUCUCUUUAAGGAAGUUUUGCUGGGGCUUUUGUCUUCAAAAUCAGUUAUUUAUGUAACUCAUCAAGUUGAGUUCUUACCUGCUGCUGAUCUUAUACUGGUCAUGAAAGAUGGAAGGAUCAGCCAAGCUGGAAAAUACAAUGACAUCCUCAGCUCUGGAACUGAUUUCAUGGAGCUUAUAGGUGCUCAUCAGGAAGCUCUUGCAGUAGUUGGCUCUGUUGAUGCUAGUUCUGUCUCUGAGAAACCAGCUUUAGGCGGCCAAGAAGAUGCUAUUGGUCUUGAUGGGAAACAAGAAAGUCAAGAUGUGAAGAACGAUAAGCCAGACACUGAGGAGACCAAAAGACAACUUGUGCAAGAGGAAGAGAGGGAGAAAGGUAGCGUUGCUUUGGAUGUAUACUGGAAAUAUAUCACACUAGCCUAUGGAGGAGCUCUUGUGCCUUUCAUAGUGUUGGCACAAGUUCUGUUUCAGCUUCUACAGAUUGGAAGCAACUACUGGAUGGCUUGGGCUACUCCUGUCUCUAAGGACGUAGAAGCUCCUGUGAACAUCUCAACGUUGAUGAUUGUGUAUGUUGCUUUAGCCGUUGGAAGUUCCCUCUGCAUUCUCGUUAGAGCUACACUUCUUGUCACCGCUGGUUACAAGACUGCCACUGAACUGUUUCAUAAGAUGCACCACUGCAUCUUCCGCUCGCCCAUGUCUUUCUUUGAUUCCACUCCAAGUGGAAGAAUCAUGAAUAGAGCUUCUACAGACCAGUCUGCAGUGGAUUUGGACAUACCAUAUCAGUUCGGAUCAGUUGCUAUCACAGUUAUUCAGCUUAUAGGAAUCAUUGGAGUGAUGUCUCAAGUUUCUUGGCUUGUCUUUCUUGUCUUCAUCCCUGUGGUUGCUGCCUCCAUAUGGUAUCAGAGAUAUUACAUAGCUGCAGCAAGAGAACUCUCACGUUUAGUUGGAGUAUGCAAAGCCCCACUGAUUCAGCACUUUGCUGAAACCAUCUCAGGGUCAACAACCAUCAGGAGUUUCAAUCAAGAAUCAAGAUUCCGUGGCGACAACAUGAGGCUUAGUGAUGGAUACUCUAGGCCCAAAUUCUAUUCAGCUGGAGCAAUGGAAUGGCUUUGCUUCCGCCUUGAUAUGUUAUCUUCGCUCACAUUUGCAUUCUCACUUGUUUUCUUGAUAUCUAUACCUACUGGAGUGAUUGAUCCAAGCCUCGCGGGAUUAGCGGUGACUUAUGGACUCAGUUUGAAUACCCUGCAAGCUUGGCUUAUCUGGACUCUCUGUAAUCUUGAGAACAAGAUCAUAUCUGUAGAGAGGAUUCUUCAGUAUGCAAGUGUUCCUAGUGAACCACCUCUUGUGAUAGAAUCAAACCGGCCUGAGCAGUCAUGGCCUUCACGUGGAGAAGUGGACAUCCAUGAUCUUCAGGUUCGGUAUGCUCCACAUAUGCCACUAGUGUUGAGAGGAAUAACAUGCACAUUCAAAGGAGGGUUAAGAACAGGUAUUGUUGGAAGGACAGGAAGCGGGAAAUCGACUUUGAUUCAAACCCUUUUCCGAAUUGUUGAGCCUUCAGCAGGAGAAAUAAAGAUAGAUGGAGUGAAUAUAUUGAACAUUGGGUUGCAUGACUUGCGUUUGAGACUUAGUAUUAUACCUCAAGAUCCAACCAUGUUUGAAGGGACUGUGAGAAGUAACUUGGACCCUCUUGAAGAGUACACUGAUGAUCAAAUCUGGGAGGCUCUUGACAAGUGCCAACUAGGUGACGAGGUGAGGAAGAAGGAUCUAAAGCUGGACUCGUCAGUGAGUGAGAAUGGAGAGAACUGGAGCAUGGGUCAGAGACAGCUUGUUUGUCUUGGCAGAGUUCUUCUAAAGAGAAGCAAGAUCUUGGUUCUUGAUGAAGCUACUGCUUCGGUUGACACUGCAACUGAUAAUCUCAUCCAGAAAACGUUGAGAGAACACUUUUCAGAUUGUACAGUGAUAACCAUUGCACACAGGAUAUCUUCGGUUAUUGACAGUGACAUGGUUCUGCUACUUAGCAAUGGGAUCAUUGAGGAGUAUGAUUCGCCAGUGAAGUUGCUGGAGAAUAAGUCUUCAUCUUUUGCUAAACUUGUGGCUGAGUACACUGCAAGAUCUAGUUCCAGUUUUGAUUAAACCUCUAGUUUCUUGGUGAUAUGAUGACGAUGAAAAAACACUUACAAUAGUUUUGUUUUUAGUUAUAUCUUGUAAUGUUUUAAGCCAAAUAAUCGAUGAAUCUGCAUCGUUACUUCAAAUUUAUGCAAAUAAUAAUGUUUCAUUCUUCUCA